GAUAUGUGUUUCGUGUACAUACUAUUCAUUAGAAGUACCUUGGUUUAACAAUUUUUGUGUAAUAUCAGUUUAUAGAGUUUUGCUUUUUUUGGUACACUUAAUUAUUAUGUGGAACGCGGCAUGGGAUUGGUAUUAUGGUUCAAACGAUGAAGAAAUAUUUGCCGACUGUAAAUUCAAUAAAGCAUACGAAGGUUAUGACGGAAAGAAAACUUCAAAGGGAAAACUGUUGAUUCGUCAUGGAACUCUUGCUAAUGGAGACUCCGUCAAUGUGUUCACUAAAGUGUGGAGAAAAAACAAAAGCCCUUGUCCCCUAGAUCUUUGUGCCAAACUUCUGAGAGUUUUAAGACACCCGAACAUUCUUCGUUUUGUUGGAUGUAUUCCUGUGGAAUCAGAGAUUCAUCUUAUCACUGAGCUUGCCUCCCCCAUCUCCACCAUUGAUGAUUUAGAUGCUAAUGAGAUAUGCAGUGGCUUGUAUGAUAUUGCACUUGCUCUGCAGUUUAUGCAUGAUAAGGCCAAAGUAUCUCAUAACAACGUGAGAUUUGAAAGUAUAUAUGUCACUAAAGAUGGUGUUUGGAAAUUGGGUGAUUUUGAACAUGCUUGUCCUUUUGCUGAGGCAAAUGAAGAACAAAUGAAAGUUGCGUAUAAAUCAAAUUCAAUCAUACCACCAGAGGAACAGGCCCAAGGAAACAAAUUAAAGCUUCCUCACAAGAAUGAACAUGCUCAUUGCAGAGAUGUGUAUGCAUUCGGUAUUCUACUUCAACAUUAUGCAGAUCAACUCAGAUUUGCCACUUUACUUACUAAAGCAAAAGUAUCGGAACACAUCGAAGAUAUUAUUCGUUCGGAUUAUGAGAAUCGUCCAACCAUGACUGAAGUUAUCUCUAUGCCGAUACUACAUUCAACUUAUAUUAAUAUUGUCAACUUUCUUCAGUCUGUGACAUUAAAAAGUGCUCGGGAAAAAGAGGAAUUCUUUCAAAUGCUCUUACUGAAGUUAAAAGAUAGUCAUAUAUUUGCCGAGGUGGUAGCAAAGAGAAUUAUACCUCUACUUCUAACACCAGUUAUAUUGUCGGAUCAAUAUGCAGUCAAACAUGUCAUACAACAUAUUCUUUGUCCUGUUGGAGAAACAGUUACAAAAAGACCUAAAGAUGGGCAGGGUGGAGUCUUACCUGAAAGUACCUUCGCUCGUCACGUUAUUCCUAAGAUUGUUGAAUUAUUCCAAUCUCGUCUCAUCCAUGUUCGAAUGAUUCUUGUGGAGAAUUUCUCAAAAUAUGUUCAUCUUUUUGAAAAAUCUGUUUUAAACAAUGUAGUGUUACCUGAAAUACUGUUGGGUUUAAGUGACAGCAACAACCAGCUUGUACAAGGAAGUCUCCGAGCACUUGCUGAUGCCGUGCCUGUGGUUGGUGGAGAUGUCAUUGUUGGUGAAGAAAGAGAAAAAAUAUUCAGUCACGGCGUUCCUAAAUUUGAUGGCCGAGCUUUGAACGAGAGUCAAUCUUUGGCGUUUGAAGUAAAACUUCCACCAAGGAAGAAAUUGGUUCGAAAACAAGAGGAAAAGAAAAAAGAAAGAAAACUUACUCUUCUGGAGCUUGCAAAAAUGAGGUCGGAGAAGCAUUCAACAUCUGAAGAAGAAGUUCAAAGGAAACAGAGAGAGAUGGCUUCUUCCAUUGAAAAUCAUUCAAAGGUAUCCUUGGACAGAGUUCCACAUACAACACUUCCCACUAAAGACAUUACUGCUGCAGUUGAGAGGAAACAGACGCUCAAUGUGAAAGAGAAUCAACAAGUUGUGAGGGAACCUGAAGUUGAGAAAUGGGCAAGUUCUGACGAUGAAGCUCACGAUGAGUGGCCUGAUUUUGAAACCCCAGAUAAAAUAGAACCUCCUGAGUUGCCAAAGGAAAAGUCACCAUGGCCUAAUGAAGAUGAAAAUAAUGAACUUCUUUCAAAAGCAGAAGUUUCAGCAACAUCCUCAACACAAAAUGAUCAAGAACAGGCUGUUUUAAGUCCCAAGAAAACUCUUUCACAAACAGUUAAAAAAACAAACAACAAGUUGCAGCUGAAAAAGAAAUCAACUGAUUCCAAGUCAAAACAAAAGCAGUCGGCAACUGUAAACAAUUCAAUUCCAAAGAAAGCAUUAAACACAAGGAGCAAUCAUACAACUCCAACACGCCUCGGUGAAGAGUUUGAAAUCACGGUAAAAAAAACCAUCAAACCUCCACUUAAUGAAAUGCAUUUUUUUGCUGAGAUGGAGCCAGAAAUAACAAGUUUAUCUCCGCUGAGUGCAGCCCUUGGUGGCAAUGCUUCCCAGAAACGAACAGAUGUCGGCGAAAAUUCUGAGAUUCGAUCUGUAGAUAGUGGCCGUGGAAGUCUUAUAACAGCAUUUAAUGCUGUCGAUGAUACGAAUGUUGAGGACGGUUGGGGUUGGGAUCAUGACUCUGUUGCUUGGGAAUAACAAAUCUUUGUAUGAAAGUUACAUCUAUGAUAUUUCAGAGGAAAGUACGAACAUUAUAAGCUGAAUCUCUUGGGCAGUGUUUUCAUGAUCUGUAUGUCAACCAAGUGCCAACCAAAUUUCCUAUGCAUUCACACAUUAGGGAUAAAAUUUCUUAUCAUGUUGCCUUAUUGAGUUUAAUAGAAAUUGGUAAAGAUUUUCAUCGUUGUUUCUACACAUGACAUUUUAUUUGUGACAAAAAGAAAUUAAUCAAAUAAGUGGGUUUCAAUCAUUUUUGCGCUAAGUUCCAACACAUUGAUCAUGGAAACCUAUUAUAAACUUGCUAUAACUAAAGGGAAUUAUUGCAAUUAUGUUAACAGCAACAACUUCAAGUUUACCAAGGAAUGUAAAUCUCUCUUACCAAUCUCUACCUUUUAAAACAUUCAAAAAAUGGUCUGUAAGCCAUUGGUACAGAUAACCUUACCUGAGUAGAGAUAUUUAAAGUAUCCUGUUAUAUUAUAUUUAUCUUUUAUCAAAAAACUUGUUACAAAAACAACAACUUUUUGUGUGUGUACAUUAAGUGCUGUUUAAAAAUUGCUUUAAAAUAUUUAACACCUUUACAACAAGUACUUUCAAUAUGCUAAUUAUCGUCUUGUGCAAUGAGUUUAUGUUACUGUGAAUGCUAUUAGUAAUGGUAUACCCAUACUUAAAAUUAAAUAUAUAUAAAAUAAUAAUUCUAGUAUUGUUUAAUGUUUAUAUGUGGUUUAAUUUGCUGUUUUAUAACAUAUGAAUCGUUCAUUUACAAUUUUAGAUAGAACAUGCCUUAGUUAUGUAAUCAGUGAAUUUAUUUUACAGCUAUUAUAUUUGCUAAAUGUGAAAUGUUCCAGGUAAAAGUAAAACUGUAUUUCCUUUUUUUAACUCUACAAAAAAGUUGUAAUAAAUGGAAAACUGUUGAAAAGCUGUAUAUUUAUAACUGAAUAAUAAACGAAUUGACUUGUCAGUAAAUAAAAGUUGACAUAUGAAG